UUUUAAAACAUUGCUAGAAACCACUUGUAUGCUCUCCAAACGGUCCCACAAGUGAUGACUGUUUCUAGUAGCAGGCAAGACCCAAAAUCAUACACAAGAAGGAGUUGCAUUAUUGAAUCAAACCGUUUCGAUUGUAAUCAUGUUCAGACCCUUCUGGGGUGAUGAAGAACAGCAGCAUAUGCAGACGAAUGGAGAUAGACCGGUAUCGCGUAUUCCACCUGAGGCUGCUGGGAUUGUUCAUGUCUUGAAAGACAAAAGUGCUAGUGAGCUGCAUAGGCUUUUGUCAGACAAAAAUGCAUAUCAACAGUUUUUACUUUCACUUGACACGGUCCAAAAUCAGAUUCGUCUGAGGGAUGAAUUGAGGAAUGAAACUAUGCAGCUUGCAAGACACAACUUGGAAAAAGAACCACACAUCAAGGAGUUGCGGAACCAGUGCCAAAUAAUUCGGGUCACUGAACUGGCUGCUGCUCGAGAGAAACUCAGUGAGCUUGAAAAGCAAAAACAAGAAAUCCUCAAUUUUUACUCUCCUGGAUCCUUGCUUCAUCGUCUGCAAGAGGCAAUGCGUAAAACAGAAGAAGAAUCGGAAGCCCUCCACCAACAGCUUCUCAAUAGAGAGAUUGAUCUCACUACUUUCAUGCACAAGUACAAGACGCUUCGUAAAUUGUACCAUAAAUGGGCCCUCACCCGUCUCGCAGCCAAUAUGUCUAUCAUCGGUUAACCGUUAAACUAGUGUGUGUUUUCAUUAUUCUCAUAUGGGCACUUAGUUUGCGCCACCAUGUUCACUAGACCAUAAUACUGUUACAUGAUUCCUGUAUAUAUCGCAUAGUAACUUGACCCAUAGCUAUACCGUCUCUUAUAUUUCUUUUAAAUGAAACGGGUCAAACGUUAAGUCA